AAAAAAAUAUAUAAAUCCUCAUCCAUCGCUUUGAGGGAAUAUUAUAAAAAACCCGAAAUAUGCCGAAAGGAAGAUAAAAAGGGAUAUUCGAAUUUCGAAGACAAAUUCUUCGAAUAUUCUUCCCUGACCGUUAUAUUCCAUUCCCCUUUCCUCUUCUCUUCAACUUCACCAUUCGAUUUCCAAAUUCCAAUUCCAGAUCCAGUUCCAAUUUCUCUCUCGUUUUCCCCUUCCAUUUCUGAUUCUCCGGCGCCGGAAACCGGGGUUAUGAAGUUCGGCAAGAGCCUGAGCAACCAGAUUGAAGAAACUUUGCCGGAGUGGCGGGACAAGUUUCUGUCCUACAAGGAGUUGAAGAAGAGGCUGAAGCUGGUGGAGCCUAAGGGCGGCGACCGCCCGAGCAAGAGGCCGAGGAUCGAUGCCGCCGGGAGUUCUGCAGAGUAUGGAGAGACGGACGAUUCGUCGAGCGAGGAGAUGAAUUUCAUUAGGUUGUUGGAGGAUGAGCUCGAGAAAUUCAAUACUUUCUUUGUUGAAAAGGAGGAAGAGUACAUCAUUCGAUUGAAGGAGUUACAGGAUAGGGUAGGAAAAGCAAUGGACUCCAAUGAAGAGAUGAUCAAAAUUCGUAAGGAGAUUGUAGAUUUCCAUGGAGAGAUGGUUCUCUUGGAGAAUUACAGUGCCCUCAACUUUACAGGACUUGUGAAAAUCCUGAAGAAGUAUGACAAAAGGACGGGUGCGCUCAUCCGCUUGCCCUACAGUCAGAAAGUUCUGCAACAGCCUUUCUUCACGACCGACCUGCUUUACACGCUCGUGAAGCAGUGUGAGAUGAUUCUGGACCUUCUCUUCCCUCUGAAUGAGCUGCCCUCUUCGGGUUCAAAUGGAGUUGAUGAAGUUGGUGCUCCUACAAAGCCAGCCACCACCAACAUUGAUGAUCUGCUCAAGGCAACCAAGGAACUUGCAGAGAUUGAGUAUAUGGAGAGUCUUUAUAUGAAAAGCACAGUAUCCGCAUUACGGGUCUUGAAGGAAAUUCGAAGUAGGAGCUCGACCGUCAGUGUCUUCUCAUUGCCACCAUUGCAAAUGAAUGGAUUAGAGGAUACAUGGAAGAAUGUUCCAGUGCUGGAAGAAGUAGCUAAGUAGAAGAUGGUUCGACUAUCAUCGACGUACAAGGAAGUUCCUUUCUAGUUUUGUAUGUCUUCCUUUSAUACUCGUAUGUGUAGUACUUUUGAUACUAACAGUAACACAUGUAAAACUGAAGUAUAAAGUUUAAAUGAUGCAGACUCUUAUAAAGGAAUGCUAAAUCAAAAUAUUAUACAGUA